AUGCAAAGAAAGGAACAAACAUUCGGUAAGUACCGUUUAGGAAAAACACUCGGAAAGGGAUAUCAAGCAAAGGUCAAAAUCUGCUACGCUCCCAACAAUAAGGUUUACGCUGUAAAAAUUUUUAAGAGAACCCACUCUGAAGAGAAGAACACCAAAGCUUUAAUUCAAGAAGCUGGUCACUUAACUUAACUUAAGCACGAAAAUUUGGUCAAUCUUGUAGAAAUUUUAAAGAAGGAAUAAUACAUCAAAAAGAAUGGUGAAACAUACUACACUAUGGGUAUUGUGUUGGAAUUGUGCACCAAGGGAGAACUUUUCGAUUACUUACUUCAUUCAGGAAAAUUCACCGAAGAGCAAACUCGCUACUACUUCAAGCAAUUGAUCAGCGGUUUACAAUAUCUUCAUACUAACAAUGUUUGUCACAGAGAUUUGAAGCCAGAAAACAUUCUUCUUGAUGAAAAUUUCAACUUGAAAAUUGCUGAUUUUGGUUUUUCUGCUCGUUUAGACGGAAAGGAUGGCUCUGGUUUCUUGAAAUCUUCUUUGGGAACUGAAGGCUACAUGGCUCCUGAAAUCAAUGAGAAAAAGGCUUACAUAGGUUCAGCUGUCGAUUUAUUCUCUGCAGGUAUCAUUUUGUUCAUUAUGUUCACUGGACAUCCUCCCUUCCACAAAGCUCUUGAUAGCGAUCCUUAUUACAAAUUACUUAUUACUGAUCGUAACUCAACCUUCUGGGAGGCUCAUUCAAGAAACAAAGAAAAGGGUUUCUUCUCAAAUGAUUUCAUGAACUUAAUCAACUCCAUCCUUGCCUAUGAACCUUAAAAUCGUAUUACUUUGGCUGAGUUGAUUUCUCAUCCUUGGAUGAAGGGAAAGUGCUCCAGCAAUGCCGAAAUCAAGGCUGCAUUCGCCACCAGACACAAACAAGUUGUAGAAAAGAUGGACGAAGAAAAGAAAAAGAAGCAAGCUGAAAAGUAAAAUAAGGACAAUUAAGAAAUUUCAAUUGAAACAAACGACAACGAAAACAAGGAUAAGCUUAAAUAAGGAGGUAACAACAUAAUUUAUGCAGCCAAAAAUAAAUUCAGAUCUGUUGAAGAUAGCUCCCAAGCUGAAAUAGACAACUUGAUUGCCACUUAUAACUUAAAGGUAGAGAGAUUUGUUGCCCCAUAUAAUGAGCAAGAAGACUUCAAGCAAAAUGAUAUCUUCUUAAAUUUACAACCUGACUAAAUUCUUUUGACUUUGUUAAAACACCAAAACGAAUUCAGUUAAAAAAUAGCUCUUUCCAACGAUACCUAUAAGCUUAAGUGUUGCAAGACUGACUAAAACGGAGAGCUAGUUGAAUUUAAUAUUGAAAUUAAAAAGAAUGAAGAAUCUAACAUUUCAGUAAUUACAUUCAACAAGAAAUCAGGUGACUACUACCAAUAUCUUGAAAUCGUCAAACAAAUCCACACCUUCCUCGAAGCUUGA